GGACGUCCAUAUCCAUAAGACAAACGAAGGAACAGAGCUCCCUGCUGUCUCCGAUCUCUUCACUAUGCCACCUUCUCUCUACCUUCUCUCUCCUCCUCUCCGUUCUUCUCACCGCCUCUUCUUCCCCCUCUUCUGCUUCUUCUUCGUCUCUUCACUGAUCCUCUGUUCCCUCCCGGGCUCAGCCUCUUCCCCCUGCGAAAACCCGCCCGUCAUCUUCAACUUCGGCGACUCCAACUCGGACACGGGCGGCCUCGCCGCCGGGCUCGGUUUCCCGGUCAAUUCUCCCAACGGCCGCACCUUCUUCCACCGGUCCACCGGCAGGCUAUGUGAUGGACGCCUCGUGAUCGAUUUCCUCUGCCAAAGUUUGAACACGAGCUUCCUCACUCCGUAUCUAGACUCAUUAGCGAAUUCCAACUUUGCGAAUGGCGCGAACUUUGCCAUCGUUGGAUCCUCCACCCUCCCUAAAUAUGUUCCCUUCUCUUUGAACAUUCAGGUCAUGCAGUUUAUUCAUUUCAAGGCCCGCGCCCUUGAACUCGUUACUUCAGGGGCUAAAGGACUGAUCGGUGAUGCUGGAUUUCGAAAUGCUCUUUACAUGAUUGAUAUCGGGCAGAAUGAUAUGGCCGAUUCAUUCUCCAAAAACAUGUCAUAUGCUCAGGUCAUCAAAAGGAUACCCUCUGUCAUCACAGAAAUAAGGAAUGCAAUGACGACUCUGUAUGACCAAGGAGCUCGAAAAUUUUGGGUUCACAAUACCGGGCCAUUGGGUUGCCUCCCUCAGAAGCUUUCAUUAGCUCAAGAGAAGGAGCUUGAUCACUAUGGAUGCCUUUCGAGGUACAAUUCCGCUGCAAAAUUGUUCAAUGAGGGGCUGCUCCAUUUAUGCCAAGAGAUGAGACCUCAGUUGAAAGACGCUGCAAUAGUUUAUGUGGAUGUAUACACCAUCAAAUAUGAUCUCAUCGCAAACUCCACCAGCUAUGGUUUCUCGAGCCCGUUGGUGACUUGUUGCGGCAAUGGAGGACCCCCCUAUAAUUACAACAUCAGGUCAACCUGUGGCAAUCCUGGGAGCGAAGCAUGCCGCGAUGGGUCUCAGUUCCUAAGCUGGGAUGGAAUUCAUUACACCGAAGCCGCUAACGAGAUCAUCGCCUCAAAAAUACUGUCCAUGGAUCAUUCACAGCCCCGCACUCCGUUUGAUUUCUUUUGUCAAGGUUGAUUCAUUCAAUAAAUGGAAAGAUUAAAACCCAUUAAGUGUAUGAGUUUUGCUUAACUGCGAAUCAUAUAUGGGUUAUAUAGUUAUAAAGUUGAUAAAAUGUUCAAUGCCCUCUAAGGAGAGCUUUUAUGCACUCCACAGGUUCCCGA